AUGCCGGAGUGGCGCAUCGUCGCGUGCGCGCUGGCCAUGUGCGGCAUCCAGGUGUGCUACGCGGCGCAGAUCAACAUGGGCACGGCCGAGCUGCUGCUGCUGGGCAUCUCGGAGCGCGCCGUCUCGCUCGCCUGGCUCGCCGGCCCGCUCUCCGGCCUCAUCGUCCAGCCGCUCGUCGGCUACGCGAGCGACUCGUGCACCUCCGCCCUGGGCCGCCGCCGCCCCUUCCUCAUCGCGGGCUCCCUCUUCACCGCCGUCGCACUGCUCCUCUUCUCCAACGCCACCGCCCUCGCCGCAUACCUCGUCCCCGAGGAACGUUCCAUGCGCGUCGCGCUCGUCAUCGCUAUCCUUUCCUUCUUCCUCCUCGACUUUUCCAUCCAGGCCAUCCAGGCCCCGUUGCGCGCACUCGUCACCGACGUUGUUCCGCGCCGCCAGCGCUCAUUGGCCAAUGCUUACAUCGGCGUCUUCACUGGUCUUGGAAAUCUCAUCGGAGGCCUGCUCACGGCCCUGAAACUCACCGCCCUCAUUCCCAUCUUCCAGACAGACAUUCAAGCUCUCUUUUCCAUCGCUGCCCUUGUCCUCAUACUCACCGUCGCCAUUUGUGUCUUUGUCACCACGGAGACACCGCUUCGCGCCGCAGGUUAUCGCCCCGUUGCAGGUGUCGCAGGAGCGGAGGACCUCAACUACGACGGAUCCCCACAGAGAGCAUCACCCACCUCCAAUACAGAUCUCGACGGUUCGCUUCUCCUUCCAGCUCCACCGCAACAAGAGUCCCAAUCCACCUGGGUCUCCCUUGUUACAACUCUCAAGGGCAUUCCGCGCCCGUUUUGGCAAGUCUUUGCCGUGCAGCUGUGCACAUGGGUCGGCUUCUUCACCCUCUUCGUCUACGUCAACACCUGGGUCGGCAGGAAUGUAUAUCUAGGCAACGGCCGCGAUCCCAGAGGCACCCCUGGCCGCGCAACCUUCGAAAAGGGUGUCAAGCUCGGCGGAAAAGGAAACGCCAUGACUGCAGUUGUGACCCUAGCAUAUUCGCUCGCACUCCCACGCUUGCUGGAGCGAUUUGGUACCACUUUUGUGUACGCCUUUUCGCAAGUCGUUGAAGCAGCUUGUCUGUUAUGUGCCCCGCUGCUGCGAGGUGUACCAGGGCAAGUAGAGCCCUCCGUCGAGCUGCGUCUAGCAACUGUGGCGGAUAUCGGUUUGUUCGGGAUUGUGUGGGCGACUACCAUGGGCGUACCUUGGACACUUGUAGGAAAUGCAUUGGAUUCCGACCCGUGGUAUGCACAACGCGUGGGCUUGUUCACCACGCUUUUCAACGCUAGUCAGAGCUUCCCCCAGCUCAUAGUUGCGUUCGCUGCGCCUUUUAUUUUGUCAAUGGUGCAAAACGAUAUCGCUUGGGUCAUGUUCACCGGUGGGAUAUGCGCAGCGCUUGGCGCUUUGCUUGUAGUCUUUUUGAGGGUAGAUGUUUUCGAGGGGGAGGAGGUCGCAGUUAUUGGUGAGGAAGAAGAUUAG